UAUUUUACUGAACAGAGUUUUAAAGAUGACAACAUCAGUGAAUCGGCGACGAAUAACGAUGGAGAGAAACGUGGAGAAGAUGCUGAACAGAGUUUCGAUAGUGUUCAUAACCAUCGGAACGUUGAUCAUGGUGAUAAUGAUCCUUCAGACGCCGAAAACAUGCAUCUCGCCGGAAGCUCCGUCGAAGCCCCACACGCAUUUCCCGAGAUCCACCUGCGACUCCUCGCCGCGAAAGCAUCUCCCUUUACCCAAGAAGAACGCUCGCCUCUGGUCCUCCGGAGCUUGGAAGACGCGUCUCUCCUCCUUCUCCUCUUACUUCCUCCGAUUCCGCGACGAUCUCGGGUUGCUUCCAAAUCACACCAAAGCUCUCUGCCUCUCCGCCGGCGCCGGACACGCUCCGAUGGCGAUGGCCCAGAUCGGUUUAUCUGAUGUUACGGCUGUUGAAUUGGUUGAUUCGCUUCCUCUUGUGAGGAGAGCCGAUCCUCACAACCUUCCCUUUUUCGACGGUGCGUUUGAUUUCGCGUUUAACGCGCAUCUUGGUGAUGCUCUGUUUCCGUGGAGGGUCGUGGAGGAGAUGGAGAGGACGGUGAGGCGCGGUGGGUUUUGCGCGGUGGCGGUUGAUGAAUGCGGUGGAGAUGAUGUUAGGGAUGUUGCUAGGCUUUUCUUGAAGUCUAAGAUCGUUGAUGUUGCUAAUGUAACCUUAGAAGGAUUGAAAAAGACUAGUUUGCUACUUAAAGUCCAAGACUUUAAGACAUGAACUCUGUUUUGUCUUACCAAGUGUUUGGUUUCUCAGAGGUUGUGCAUUUGUAUCUAUUUUUUUUGUUAUCUUAUCUUGCAUUCUACAGAAAUGUGAAGACCUUGUUUGGUUCAUUCACGGGUGGUAUACAUGGUAGAAAGUAGACUUUAGGUUUGA